AUGAAAAAACAGAAGAGCUGUCAGGGGGCUGGGCGGAGCACAGCAGUCUGAGUGCUCAUUAAUGUCGGACUGGAAUACAGAAACCACAAGGAGGAUGUCAGCACUUCCCCCACAUUCUCUGACUGAGCGUCCCUCGCUUUUCUGCAGUGGUAUGUUCUGCAGGUUGUGUCAUGUCCCAGCCACAGACAGGCGGGGAAGUGGUCUGCAGGAGGAGCAAACUCUGAUGUUUGAGUUUGGUCACUGUUGCCCGGACAACAUUUCUCAGGAUUCUCCUGUAUGAGACGCUGCUGAACGCAUCCAGAAAUGAGCCGGCGGGAUUCCCCUGAUGGACGGCAGCAGUCAGAGCCGGAGGGGAAAUGAGAAGUGUUAUGCUUUCAUCACAGGGGCUGGACUCUCUGAACAAUCCCAGCUGAGGCGGAGUGAAUAGAGUGAGAACAUGAGCUGAAGAAAGCCUGACAAUUAUGGAGGGAGGGGCGUGAAGAAAAGACAGACAGCUUACAGGGAGGGGCACCGCUGGGCGGGUAAAUGACUGAGUUAGUUUCUGUCCAACUGCAGCAGACAGCAGCAGGACAAAGCUGCUGGACUCUGUGUUUUUCCUGAGAUCGCCCCGCCGACACCAUGGACAACUUCCAGACUGUCCUGCGCUUUUUCAUGAACCAGAAGGCUACCAUUGGUUACAGUUUUAUGGCGCUCCUGACCAUAGGAGGGGAGCGGGUUUUUUCCAUGGUGUCCUUCCAGUGCCCGUGUAACCAUGAGCAGAACUUCGCCUACGGGCUGACCUUCCUGCUGGGCCCGGCCGCCGUGCUGCUGCUGCUGGGGCUGUUCUUCAGCACGCGCCUGUGGAGGCUCUACACCGGCUGCUGCCUGGACCCCAUGAAGCUCUGUCCCCGCGGGAACGGCCUGGGCUGCUGCCGGGUGCUGAUGAGCAUCUGCUCCGGCGCCUGUGUGGCUCCCAUAAUGUGGCUCUCUGUGGCCCUGCUCAACGGCACCUUCUAUGAGUGUGCUAUCAGCGGGCUGGACGACAACCUGGUGGUGGACCUGUUCUGUAAAAACAAGACCCUCAGGUGUCGGGAGGAGCUGGCCCGGGUGCCCUGUGAUCGCUCCAAACUGUCCACUGACGAGCGGAUGGAGCUGCUGCUGAUGUUCCGGGCUCAGUCCCAAAUCUUGGGCUGGAGUAUCGUUAUCAUGGCUGCCACCGUUGGCCUUCUUGGAACCUGCUACAGAAACUGUCGCUCCAAAGUCAGCUACCUGCAGCUCACAUUCUGGAAGCGCUACAUGGAGAAGGAGAAGGAGCGCUUUGACGCCCUCGCUGUGGACUACGCCACCAAGCUGGCAGAGAGAAACCUGCACAGCUUCUUUGAGAACAAGGAAGCGGAACCGAUGCCUUUUCCCAACCAUAAAGCAUGGGAAGAGAUCUCUGCUUAUUACAGCUUCUCCCAAAGUGAACAGUACUAUAGCACCCUGCAGCGCUACGUGGAGAGAUCAGACCGGGAUUUCACUCCAGAGAAAAGACCUAUGAACUUGGAACAUGGCAUAGAGAUGAACUGAGCAGCCUUUAAUCUAAGCGGAAAACCCAAAAAGCCAAGAGGCUGCUCCUCAUUAACUCUGCCUUCCUGAGACUGACUCAGAAAAACCGUCCCAGUUUAUCCUCGCGGGACAAAGCUGCCCUCUGUGUCUAACAAAGAACAUGGCAUGUGUCACGCUGGAACAGCACAUCGCUCCAGAAAAAGAGGAACUACUUUAACAUUGCAUGAGAAAUGUCUUCACUUUAAAAAGUAACUUGUUGACUGUGUCAGAAUUGAGCUUUAAACAGCAGUGAGGCGUCUUGUAAAACACUAAUGAAUGCUGAACAUUAACUAGAAUAAACAUGGUUUUUGCUGUGCCUUUCACUAUCAGGAUUACACGCUGCUUCCCCACAUCACAAAAGAGUUUAAAUAACAUGAGUAAAAUGUGAGACUUUAAACCAGCAAAGCUGAAUGGGAGGUAAAGACAAUCUGGGAAAGACAUUAUUUUAUAGUUUCUAAUUUUAAGAUAAACCACUUUAGUCAACAUCUUACUCCCGAGUCAUUUAGAAGAGCAAAAAACUUCCCAGCUAGGAGCAGCUGAGCUAUCACUCUCAAGAAGCAUUAAAGUUACAAAACAUCUGAAAUGAGCCUCAA